AUGUUUCUUUUUACUACUCAGCUGUCUUUUCUUACGCUUCAUUAUAAUUCCUCGUAUUUUCUUACCAUGUUUCCUUCCUUACUACUAAUUCCUGUAUUUUCUUACCAUAUUUCCUUCCUUACUACUCAGCUGACAUUUUCUUACUAUGUUUCUUCCUUACUACUUUCUGUCUUUUUUCUUACGUUUCUUCAUUAUAAUUUUUUCGUAUUUUCUUACCAGCUGUUCCUUCCUUACUAUUAUCAGCUGACAUUUUCUUACCAUGUUUUCUUCUUACUACUACUGCAUUUUUGUCUUUUCUUCCUUCUAUUUUCAUUCAUGUUUCUUAUUUUCUUAUUUUGUUCCUUCCUUACUACUCAGCUGACAUUUUCUUACUAUAUUUCUUCCUUACUACUCAGCUGUCUUUUUUCUUACCUUCAUUAUGAUUUCCUCAUAUUUUCUUACCAUGUUUCCUUCCUUACUACUCACACUGACAUUUUCUUACUAUGUUUUUCUUCCCUUACUACUCAGCUGUCUUUUUUCUUACGCUUCAUUAUGAUUCCUCUUAUUUUCUUACCAUGUUCCUUCCUUACUACUCACUGUCUUUUUUUUCUUACGCUUCAUUAUAAUUUCUUCCUCUACUAUUUUCUUACCAUAUGUUCCUUCCUUACUACUCAGCUGACAUUUUUUCUUUAUGUUUCUUCCUUACUACUCAGCUCUUAUUUUCAGUUUCUUCAUUUUCUUACUAUUUUUUUCUUCCUUACUACUCAGCUGUCUUUUUCUUUUACGCUUUUCAUUAUAAUUUCCUCUUAUUUUCUUACCAUGUUCCUUCCUUACUACUCAGCUGACUUUUUUUCUUACUAUCUUGAUUUUCUUACUAUGUUUCUUCCUUACUACUCAGCUGUCUUUUUCUUACGCUUCAUUAUAAUUUCCUCUUAUUUUCUUACCAUGUUCCUUCCUUACUACUCAGCUGACAUUUUCUCUUUAUAUUUCUUCCUUACUACUCAGCUGUCUUUUUCUUACCCUUCAUUAUAA